CCACAAGGUAUCUGUCUUUAAUGGAAGUAUGAGCUUUCUCCGGCCCAUUCCCCAGUUCUCCCUGAGCCUCUCUAGCCUUCUGUAAAGGCUGCUUAUUAUAUAUCAGUCAGGCAACUGGCUAGCCAACUGACAACCUUUCCUCGUUGUUGGUCGUCUAACGAAAAGAAAUACCAAGUCUAGCCGCCUAGCCAUCCUCGACGUCCUCAACGCUCUCCUGGCACUUGCCUCAUAGCUGAAGGGCGCAGAGAUUCCCCUUUUUCAGCUAACAACUCGCCCACUCGUUUCAUCUUUACAAUCUUAGACGGACAUUAUCUACAUCCUUCUCUCUUCCAAUAAUCAAACGGGUGCAAAUCUCAUCAACUCAACGUAAAGUUCGCCCAAACCCUUCUCCAAGAACCAUGAAGUCCCCAAUCACCCUCCUCCUCCUCUUCCUCGCCACGACAGCGACCCUCGUCUCGGCAAUCAAACCAGGCGGCAAAGGCCCGAUGAACAUGCCGCGCGAGAGGCAACACAUGUGGCAGCAGGUCGCCUGCAAACGCGGCCACGGCAACACCUUUGUGACCCCCUUCAAGCUGACGGCCCUCGUCGACGAGGACGUCGGCGCCAUCUGCCACCGCCUCUGGCACAACCUCAAGCGCACCGACCUCGCGUGCGCGCUGCCCAGCAAGCCCAUCUGCGAGGACCGCGGCGACAAGUCGAUCCAGGAGAAGAGGCUCUACUGGAGCUUCGACGUCUUCGCGACCUGCCCGGCCCUCGCGGUCGACUCGGCGUGGUACGAGAGCACGGGGAACAUCUGGGGCAAGUCGGAUUGCAACGAGGGGCUGUACGAGUAUGACGAUCUGCCUGAGUUGCCGUUUCCUUAUAAGAAGCAGCGUCCGACUGCGACUGGGACGGCUUGA